GCAGGCGUGUGCGGUGGGGGCUAGGCUUUACUGCUCAUGCGCGCUCUGCAGAGGACGUUGUUAUCCUGUAAUCCUCACAAAACAGACGCACGUCUCCAGUCUCGGACUUUUAUAUUGCGACUCCGCCUGCAGGUGAGCUCCGUCCGUCACACCGCGUGCGGAUUCAUCUGUCACAGGAAAAGAUGCCCCUUCUCCAAUGCUUACUCCUACUUUUUACACUUCAUGUUGCUGAAGGUUGGGAUUUACUUGGUGAGAGGGAAAAAGUCCUGACGGUUUGCGUCGGGAAAGAGUUUCGUCUGCCGGUGGACUCCACAUCCAGAAUUGUGACGUUCACUCCGGAUAAUAAUGGACCAAGACAAAUCCUGCUGGAAAAGACCACUGUGAAGGAUCCCCGGUUUGAGUGGACCAGAGAUAAAACAUUAGUCCUGAAAGAAGUGACUCACAGCGAUCAGGGACUUUAUGCAAACAAACUAUCUAUUGGCUUCACCUAUGAAACAGUUCAUCUGAUUGUUUCAGAAUGUGUGAAGCCCUACCGCAAAAACUAUGGGGAGAGUUUUGAGCACAGCCUCCCAGAAAAUGGUUCUGUGCUGGAGUUUUCUCCUUGGGGUGCUCUGCCCGAAGCUGAACCAGUUGUGCUGUGGAACCGGACAAAUCUGGAAACUGGUGAGACGGGCCGGGGGCGGCUGCUAAGAGGGGGGAAAGCCUGGGUGGCGGAGAGGGUCACACAAGCAGACCAAGGCAACUACACUGUGAGGGACGACAAUGGGAAGGUUGUGUCUCGCAGCACCCUGUCCGUGCGCGGGCACUCCUUCAACAUUACACGCUUCACCAAAGAGUCUUUGAGCCUGCCGUUGUUUUUGCCUGUCCACCAUGCCCAUCUCAUUUUCACUCCUGGACACCUUCCUGAUGAAUCCUCCAUGGGUCCCUUCGACCCCAAACCCCCUCGUGGCCCCGUGCAGCUGCUUCGAGACGGCCACAUAAAUGACCACGACCUGCGCUACAGAGGGCUGAUCUCUCUGAACCGAAACGGCUCCGUCAACGAAGUCGUCAUUACAAGACUCACGCCGAGGCACGACGGGCUGUAUGAAGUCAGAGACAAGAGCGGCAACCUUGUGUCUGCCACUUACCUGCACAUAAUCGAGCGAAGGGGCGGGACCUGGCGAGCGCUCUUGAAGUCCAUCACCGUCCCCUCUGGCAUGUUUGUGUCGCUGGCUGGCUUCAUUUUGUUCAUGAAGCGCUACCCAAACUGCAGCCUGUCACAGAUCAUCACUGGCAUCAGGACGAACCAAACCCCACCAGCCAACCCUCCAAGAGUUAACAUCCAGGACUACAGUCACACCCAUCCACACCCUGCAGCUUAUUACAGUUACCCUGAGCAUCCUGAAACACCAAGAAAGUGGAGUCCAAGAGCGAGCCCUGCUCACACUGAUUACACUCCUGUCAUGAUAGGGGAACCAAGUUCUGAAAACCAGCAGGUACAGCAACGGACAGCUGAGGUCUCGCCCAGACAUGAUAGAAGCACUGAGCAGAGCACUAUGAAUGAGAAUGAGGAGAAGAUUUCCUUUCCUGUGGCUGGAGCGACAGACUGCCUCCACUCCUCUGAGGACUGCGCUCAGUACCAGAUCAAGAAGGAUGGAGAUGAAAAACGGUGGAGCUCAGAGUUCUUUUCCACAUUGCCGUUGGACACAGACACCUCUGAAUCCUGCAGCGUUUACACGUCAGAGAAACUGGACUUUUUAUAAAAUAGGUGCUAAAAGGAGAAAAAAUAAGGACAUUAAAGCAUGAACAAAUGACAGUGAAGGACUCUGGGGUCUUUUAGGAUCCUUUCCAUCAUAGAAAAGAAGGACUUUACCCAAUGCAAUUUGUAGUUGAAAAUACUUUGGUUUGUGGUAAAUGCAUUCUUUUGACGCAUGAAUUGAACAUUAACCUUUUUUGUCUCAUUAUGCAGUGGUGGAUUGUAUUCUUUAAAUCUCUUGCUGUUACCUACCUCCAGACCCUCAGGGCCACUGUUAUCUGCACUGUGUUUACUGUUUGUAAGUGUUGUAUGUUUUCUAGAGCCACAUAGAGUAUUGACACUAAACAGACACAUUUCACAAUUUUACAUUAACUUAAACUGUCAUCCACGGUGUUAAUCUAUUUAUAACGGAAACAAUAAUGAUUGAAUUAAUUAUUAACCUAUCUGUAACAGUGUAGUAAUUGUUACAGGUGUUGUUUGUUUUAACUCAAUUAAGCUGUGAAGUUUUUUGUGAAGUGUGCUUCUCCAUUUGGCCUGUUAACCUUUGAACUUCAUGAACAAAAUAUUAAAUAUUUCUAUAACAAAAUUUUAAAAUAAAAAUGUGAUAAACAAU